ACCUACAAACACUUAUUUACAAUAACAUCUACAGGUUGUGCUGCUGGCAAUGUAGCAGAGUCAGUUGUAUUGGAGCGUGAGGCGGAGUCGACGUUAACGUUUGCGGAAGGCGCGAGCGCGUACGCAGGUCACAUGACGCUCAAGUUCUCUCCCGACGCGACCAGCACUAUGCAACACCACAAGCACUACUGCCUCGAGGUAUCCGACAACUGCUCGCCCACCGUAGACCACUGCAUCAUACGAAGUGCUAGUGUCGUGGGCGCGGCGGUGUGUGUGAGCGGCGCGGGCGCGAACCCUGUGAUCAAGCACUGCGACAUCAGCGACUGCGAGAACGUGGGGCUGUACGUGACGGACUACGCGCAGGGCGCCUACCAGGACAACGAGAUCUCACGGAACGCGCUCGCCGGCAUCUGGGUCAAGAACUUCGCCAACCCCAUCAUGCGCAGGAACCACAUACACCACGGCAGGGAUGUCGGUAUAUUCACCUUUGAAAAUGGCUUGGGCUAUUUCGAAGCAAACGACAUCCACAACAACAGAAUUGCUGGUUUCGAAGUGAAAGCCGGCGCAAAUCCCACCGUAGUCCACUGCGAGAUCCACCACGGUCAGACAGGCGGCAUAUACGUCCACGAGUCAGGCCUAGGCCAGUUUAUAGAUAACAAAAUACACUCUAACAAUUUUGCUGGAGUCUGGAUCACGUCCAAUAGUAACCCUACGAUUAGGCGCAAUGAAAUAUACAAUGGCCAUCAAGGCGGAGUGUAUAUAUUUGGGGAAGGACGCGGUUUGAUUGAGCACAAUAAUAUUUAUGGAAACGCUUUAGCUGGUAUACAGAUACGUACAAACAGUGACCCAAUAGUUAGGCACAACAAAAUCCACCAUGGGCAACAUGGCGGCAUCUACGUACAUGAAAAGGGCCAAGGGCUUAUAGAAGAAAAUGAAGUGUACGCGAAUACGCUAGCCGGUGUCUGGAUCACGACGGGUUCAACGCCCGUCCUGAGGCGCAACCGUAUACAUUCGGGGAAACAGGUCGGAGUAUACUUCUACGACAACGGCCAUGGAAAAUUAGAAGACAACGACAUUUUCAACCAUUUGUACUCGGGCGUUCAGAUACGGACGGGUAGCAACCCCGUGAUCCGAGGCAACAAGAUAUGGGGCGGCCAGAACGGCGGUGUUCUAGUGUACAACGGGGGGCUCGGCCUUCUAGAACAGAACGAGAUCUUCGAUAACGCCAUGGCCGGAGUGUGGAUAAAGACUGACUCCAACCCUACGCUCAAGCGGAAUAAAAUAUUCGAUGGGCGCGACGGGGGUAUUUGUAUUUUUAAUGGGGGGAAGGGCGUUCUCGAGGAGAACGAUAUAUUUCGUAACGCGCAAGCGGGCGUGUUAAUAUCGACGCAGAGCCACCCGGUGCUGCGACGUAACCGCAUCUUCGACGGUCUCGCCGCCGGCGUCGAGAUCACUAACAAUGCCACUGCCACAUUGGAACAUAACCAGAUUUUUAAUAAUAGAUUUGGAGGUCUAUGUCUCGCGUCGGGAGUGUCGCCGCUGGUACGAGGUAACAAGAUCUUCAGCAACCAGGACGCGGUCGAGAAGGCCGUGGGCGGCGGACAGUGCCUAUACAAAAUCUCAUCUUACACUUCCUUUCCCAUGCACGACUUUUACAGGUGCCAGACGUGUAACACGACCGACCGCAACGCAAUUUGUGUCAAUUGCAUCAAAACGUGCCAUUCCGGACACGACGUAGAAUUUAUUCGCCAUGACAGAUUCUUCUGCGACUGCGGCGCGGGUACGCUGUCCAACCAGUGCCAGCUGCAGGGCGAGCCCACGCAGGACACGGACACGCUGUACGACUCGGCCGCGCCCAUGGAGUCGCACACGCUCAUGGUGAACUGAGCUGCCAUACCCACCGCCCGCGACAAGGAAAUCAGUAUUCGUCGGAAAACUAUUUUCUUUUUAUUUAUUUUUAGGUGUUAUUCGCCGCCAAUUAUAUUGUAGUUAUUUGUCUCCGCGAGUCGCGACUCGCCCUCUUCUAGUUCAAUUAUUUUUAUUAUCUAAAACUUGGUAUUGUAUAUUCUCGUUAGGGAGUCGCUGCCAGUGUGCACAUGUGUAACCGGCCGGUAAUGUAUUUUCAUCUUUGUACUUUAUAGUUGACGAAACUAAUCAUAUUUCGGACAUUGUUACGCUAUCUGUAUAUGUAGGGAGUUUUUUUAAUCAUCGGUACUUAAUAAUUAUUGUAUUUUGUCAAGUAGUAUCAUGCAUUCCCAAAAUUGUAAUCGUAAACCAUAAUAACGAGAGAUCACAUUGAUAUUUAGAAUAAUGUUAUUCGUUUUAUAAGAUGUACUGGUAGUAGCUUAUAUAUUAUAGUAUCUACUAGUUUCAUAAUCAUGGGGAAGUAAAUUAGUUUUUGUUUCUUCAAAAAAAAUGGUAUGAUAUUUAGUUAUGUAAUAAUUGUCGAUCCAGCGACUGUGGCAGUCAGGACAACUUUGUAAUAUAAUGAAUCCAUAUAAUUUUAACUUUUUGACUAUACUAUUUCAUUUUUAUUUUGGGGCAUUUAUUCCUUAGCUCUCCUGACAAUAAAGUUAAUUGGUCAGAUGUUUUAGUUAAUAAAGAUAUUUGUACUUGAGUUUGGUUGGUGUAGUGGCGUGGGAGCUCGCCGUGGCCAGACGAGUGUUGCGGACGCAUGGCGCGGCGCAUUUAUUAAUCUCUCGUUUAGGAGUCUGCCUCGCCUAACUAUUUUGGCGCUCCUAAUGCGCUUUGUAAAUAUUUAUGUCACACAAUAAUCGAAAAAAUGUAGUAAUUAAUGUAUUUGUAUCAUUAUAUUUUUAUUAUUGAUCACAACAUGUAUGUUUAAUUAUGGAAUUACGUACGUUAUGCUCAGUCGGAGGAGCGUGGCGGCCGCGCUUGAUGUAAAGAGCACCUUUGCCUGUGAGCUGUGAGCCAGUAGAUAGUCCGGAAAUAUCAUAAGCCGCCUACGCGGCCCGUUAGUGUAUAUUAAGAUGCAAAUUAAGAACGAAUGUGCGUAUUUAAUUGGAAAAGAUCUUAGGUACAAUUGAUAUUUUAUUAUAUUGUUAAUUUAAAUUUGGUAUUGAUAUCGAUCGAGAAGCAAUGUUAGGAACUGGAAUGAGCCGUGCGUGAGCGGCCAGAGUGCUGAUAGUGAUAAGUUAGCCAAUAAGCUAUAAUGAAACCUAAAUUACUCAGUAAUCACUAUUGCAAGUUUCGAAUUGUUAAAUCGUCUCUCCAUAGCACGGUAUGUUCUGAAUCUGCUUUUUUAUAAUCCUCAAAUCUGUGAUCAUCGCUAAAUGUAUAAGUGAAAAAUAUUUUAGUUGAAACCCCACAUACAGUAUAAACUACGACUUAUGUUAUUAUUAUCUAAAGAAUUCAAAAUCAUUCAAUUUUUGUGUCAAAUAUAACGGGAAAUUUGUUGUGGCGCCGAUGCUUUUAUAUAUUUGAACGUGAAAAUUGUUAUUUAUUGAAUUGUGUCCUUAAUUUAUUGAAUUGAAAACUGGAUAUUUUGUUUAUACACGAAAAAACCACUGUAAAAUCCGUGAUAUACAUCAUAUAAUAUUAUAAUUGGAAUUUUAUUUUACUUACUACUACCCUUUGCCAUUCAGAAUCUACAAACUAGUUUACCUCAAUAGGUAUUCAUAUUUUGAAGACACGAUUGAAUGAGUGCACACAAAUGAUUAUGUUGUUUGCAAUUAAAUAAUAAUACAUCAAAUCGUCCUCCAUAAUAAAUAAGGUCUCACCAGCA